AUGGUUUAUAUUGUUAAUAAAUUAGAUGCAAAAAAACCGGUCUGGAUCGGUCUGAACCGGCUCCAUAGACGACAAAAGACUGGUCCUAGGUGGUUCGGUUCGGUUCCCUCAAUAUCUGGGUCAGUCCUAGACCGGUUGCAGUCCACGGUUGCGCGUUUUGGGGGGCAAAAAACCGGACUGAACUGAACUUGCGCAACCGGUCUUUCAUCGACCCAGAUAUUGAGGGAACCGAACCGAACCACCUAGGACCGGUCUUUUGCGGUCCAUGAUACCGGUUCAGACUGAUCCAGACCGGUUUUUUUGUGUAUAAUUUAUUAUACCAAUAUAAACCAUUUGUAUCUCAACCAUUAUUACUCUGAAAAAUAAACGGGUUAUAUAAAAUAGUAAAGCAUAUAAAUACCUGUCAUUCUACCAAUUUUCAAGAGAUUUAAUGAAGAUUUGACAUA